AUGGCAAUGCCUUCUGCUUCUAUGGUCGAGGUCAUGCACGCGACCAAUGGCCUCAGCACAGAUAUCUGCAGUGCCAAGUCAUCACCAGCUCGGUCGCAACAAAAAGAAAUUCUGCUAUCACAACAGGCACAGCGACUGCUAGAUCUCGAGGCUCGAUACACUGUCGGAGGAUUCACACCUCUGCCCGGAUUCUUCGAACGAGGUUUGGGGUCCAUACUUUGGGCAAGUGUGAAACAGGACGUAGAUGGCAAGGAGUAUCUUGACUUCAUCUGCAUGUUCAGUUCCAUCAACCAGGGCCACUGUCAUCCCAAGAUCGUCGCAGCCGUCAUCGAACAGGUCCAGAAGGCGUACAACAUCAACACUUCCACACACAACGCAAAGUGGCCGGUGUUUGCAGAGAUGAUGUGUAAGAGGUUUGGUUACGAUCAAAUCUCGGCCAUGGUGACCGGCGCUGAGGCAGUAGAUCUGGCCUGUAAGAUCGCACGACGGUACGCACAUGAGGUCAAAGGCGUACCAUCGGAUCGAGUCCUUGUCCUGGGAGUUUCAGGCAAUUAUCAUGGACUCUCGGGAGGUGUGUGGAACUUGCAGGACCCCAGUCCAGCAAGAACAGAGUAUGGACUCGAUAGUAACCAACACAUGAACUGCAAUCCGACCACAUCCAAACCUCUGAGGUAUGGUCACUUAUCGGACAUGGAGGAGUGCCUUCAAGAGCACCAUGGCCGUGUCGCCGCCGUCAUUAUCGAGUCCAUUCGCAACACCGGAAACACGUACGAAGAAGAGGUGAAUUACGCUCGUGGAGUGUAUGAUCUAUGCAAGAAGUACAGCAUCCUCUUCAUCGCAGACGAGGUCCGCAUGGGCUCUGGUAAAACCGGCAAAUUCUUCUCCUUCAACCAUCUCGGAGACGACUGCCGCCCAGACAUGCUCGUCAUCGGAAAAUCUAUCACCGGCGGAGCAUAUCCCGCCUCGUUUGUCCUGAGCGACAAACACAUCAUGGCGGUCCUGAAGCCGUACGAAAGUGGCUCAACCUUUGCCCACACCCCGCUAGCGAUCGCCGCUGCCGAAGCCGCGAUCCGAGCUAUCGACGAGGAGGACAUGAUCCAGCGUGCGCAAGAUCUGGGAAACAAGUUCAAGGAAUUGACACAGCAUUGGAAGCGCCACAGACAUGUGGGCAGUGUGGAGGUUCGGGGUGCUGACUUCAGCGUGAAAAUAAACGAGGACGCCGCGGCAAGUGUGACUGCCCGCCGUGUCGGAGGCCUGUGUUUGGCCAAAGGUUUGUUGCUUUAUGCACUGGAGGGUCGCUUACGGAUGAGCGUCUCCAUGGUGAUGACGGAUGCACAGCUCGAGAAGGGUGUCAAAAUCAUCGAAGAGGCAUUGGAUGAAGUCAGCGGAUACAAGGGCGUCAUUCCGGGAGAAGUCUGGCAUGGAGCUCAUUAG